AUGGAUUUCGAUGAAACUGUUACAGUGUCUAAAAUAUUAACACAAAAUGGAGUUUGUUAUCUCCUUAUUUAUUGGUUGGUAAAUUCCUUUGACAUAUAUUUAAACACCAGGGGAAAUGUUUGGAGAGGAAAAUUUUGUGCGGAUCGACUAAAAAGCUUCAGUAAAAACCUUCAAUUGAAAGAGGACGUUUACUAUGCAAGAGUAAAGCGAUGUUUAACUGAACAGAGAGAAGACUACAAGUAUGAAUUUAAAAACGGGUUUUUUUACUGGAAAAAGAAACUGGAUCUUUCAAUUAUUAUAGAGGGAUUUCUACCAUUAGAUCUGGAAGAGAAAACAACCUGUUCAGAGACAAAUUUAAUUGAAGUGCUAUUGAAAAUUAACAAGAGCCUGAAAGAUAAAGUUACAACAAUUAAUUCAAAAUUAAAAGUUAUAAAACUCGAUUAUUUAGAACAUUUAGCAGACACAGAAGAAUUUAUAAAUUUGAAAGAAAAAAUGGAAAACUAUGUAUGCCAAAAAUUCUUAAAUUUGAUUUACUUAAAGAAAUCAAAAAUAAAUAUGCUUGAGCCAGAUACACACAUUGAAAGUACAGGAGCGAGUGUAGUCAGCAAUGAAGAAAAUUUUACCGAUGUAAAGUAAAUGUAGAAAAAGUGGAAACUAUAUUUUUUUAUCCAGAUUGAAACGAAUGUAUGUCAAAAACAAUGAAUAGUCAUUCUAAAAUGUUGAUUUUUCCAUUCAUUGUCGGAGUAUUAUAAAA